AUGUCUAUGUCACCAAGGGAAUCAAAUUUAGAAACUGCAAAAUCUACCAGUGGAGUAUCAGAGGAAACUUUCUCAAUGACUGUUCACAAUACUGGAAGAGAAUCACUUGGCAGCUCAUGGAGCAAUGCAGUAAACUUUGACAAUACAUUGAUGAACUCAGCUGACCUCAGUUACUUAAACGGUUCAGAUAAAAAACCAGGCUUCAGUGAUGAUGAUGACUGGUCUGAGGAACUCAGAGGGAAUUUUUAUGAAAGAUAUAUGGAAAAGCGAGAUGCAAAGCUUUGGGAGGAGUCACUCACCAAACAAGUUGAGAAAGAAGCCAAACUCAAAGCUAUGCAAGAAGCUCUUGAGCUUACAAAAGCUGGAAUGGUUGCCAUGAAUGCAAAAUCCUUGGAAAAGCAAGAUUCCAUCAUCCAGUCUAGAGCAAGAGCUGAAAAAUUGAAGCCUUUCAAUGCCCAAUCAUUGAAGAACAAGAAACAACAAUCAAGUGAAACAGAUGCAGCUGAUACAUCAAAGAGAGAAUUGUUGAGAGCCAUAGAUGUGCGUCUUAUUGCUUUACAACAAGAAUCAAGCAUGGGUUUUGCUCGAGCUUUUGCCGAUGGUUUUGCAAUAGAGCAUAUGGCUGAUCUCAUUGUAUUUGCAGAUCGCCUAAAAGAUGUCUGUGCCAAAUUUAUGAUCCUCUGUCAAAAACGACAUGUUGUGUACCAAUGGCGAAAUGAUGCAGAUACCCAGUCAUCAGAUUCUGAUAUGUCCAUUGAAAAUGGUACAGAUACCCAGUCAUCAGAUUCUGAUAUGUUCAUUGAAAAUGAUACAGAUACCCAACCAUCAGAUUCUGAUAUGUCCAUUGAAAAUGGUACAGAGGGUGAGCUUAUGCUUGAUUCUUCAUCAUGUUUUUUAGUGAAGACAGGUGAGACACCCUAUGGCCACUUGUCUGAUACCCGAGCUGCAGGUGGGAACUUUGUAGAUGAACGUCAAACUUUAGCUUCUCCUGCUCAGCUAGGCAAUAAGCCAUUGCAUUCACGAGUACAAUCAGUAGACCAUUUUGAAGCCAUCUCUUCUGCUGGCUGGGUUAAUCUAACCAACUGCCGGGGAAGCUUGCCAAGCACAAAGAAUUUAUCUACAGAAGCUGAUACCAUGAAUAAAUCCAUUACCAAGAAAAGUCUCGAGUCUUCUAGAAUGGUCCUAGAUAAAUGUAAACAAGCUGAAGAUGAGGUUAAGGAAUCAUUGGCCAGGAGUCGUUCAGAAGUGUAUGUUACUGCAUCUGAAAAUAGUGUGCACACAUCAUCUUCUGAAAAGGAUCAAGGGCAGAUUCGGGAGUCACCACCUGAGAGCACAUUGGGAUGUUCAGAUAAUGAGCAAGGCACAUUAGAAGGAAAACAAAAUGCCAAGUGGAGAUUAUCAUCUCUUCCCAGAGCAAGAGGACACCAGCGACCAUGGAGCUCUGCUUCGGAUUAUUCAGAAUGCUUUAGCGACAAUCAAACAACCAAAUUUGGUAGUAUUACUUCUGAGGAACAGGCGGCUAAUAUUGCUAAGAAAACUGCACCAGCCACACAAUUUAAAGUGCAGUUAGCCUUGAACUCACAGUCUUCUAAAACUGCUGGGCAGGGAUCAGAUGUAACUCAUGGUUCCAUGAACACGAAACAGACUGCUUCUCCUUGUGGAUCAAAAAUAGCUAAAAGUCGUGUGGAUCCAGGUCAGAUUAGGGCUGCUAGGCAAGGAUCAGAUUUAGACAAUGGUUCUUUUGACUCAAAACACCAUGAGGUUUCUAUGCAAAGAUUAGAUAAAAUAUAUGGUUCCAUGGACACAAACCAGCCCGGGUCUGGCGGGCAAGGAUCAGACAUAGCUGAUAGUUCCAUGAAUGCAAACAGGCUUGGUAUUGAGGUUCAUAGAGAAGGAUUAGAACUUAUUAAUUGCUCAACUGGCAUGAGAAGUUCUAGGGGUGAGGAACCUUUAGCCAAAGUCAAGCAGUCUAGAGGAAAUCAGGAACUGAAUAAAGAACCAUGGGAGAAAGCUGAUCAGUUGGAACCAAUUUUCACUGCUCACAAGCUAUGGAGUCAAGCUGCUUUCGGGCAUCCAGAAGAUACAUAUAUUACUAGAAAGAAAAGUUCCUCCCUAGCUGUCAAAUUCGAAACAUCGACUACCCAACAGCAGAUGUCUACGUCACCAAGGGAAUCAAAACUAGAAACUUCAAAAUCUACCAGUGGAGUGUCAGAUAGAACUGUUCACAAUAUAAGAAGAGAAUCACUUGGCAGCUCAUGGAGAAAUGCAGUAGACUUCGACAAUACAUUGAUGAACUCAGCUGACCUCAGUUACUUAAACAGUUCAGGUGAAAAAACAGGCUUAAACAAUGAUGGCUGGUCUGAGGAACUCAGAGGCAAAUUUUAUGAAAGAUAUAUGGAGAAGCGACAUGCAAAGCUUCAGGAGGAGUCAAUCAUCAAACGAGCUCAGAGUAAAGCGAAACUCAAAGCUAUGAAAGAAGCUCUUGAGUCCACAAAAGCUCAAAUGGUUGCCUGGAAUGCAAAAUCCUUGAAGAAGCAAGAUUCCAUCAUCCAGUCUAGAGCAAGAGCUGAAAAAUUGAGGUCUUUCAAUGCCCAAUCAUCGAAGAACAAGAAACAACAGUUUGAAGCGCAACAAAUUAAUGAUGAAGAAUAUUCUAAUGAUGUGAAUGAGCGGGCAUUUUACAAACAACCUAGGUCUUCCAUACCAGUUAAAGUUUCAAGUGUUGGAAGUGCCUCUUCAGCUUGGCGUAGGGUCCAUGAAAAUCCUCUUUCUCAGUCUGUUCCUAACUUAGCAGCUCUGAGGAAAGAGAAUAAAAAACCUUCUACUGGUCAGGCAGGUUUGAGCUCAAACAUGGGUGGUGACACUUCUAGUCUUUCCGAUGUGCUCUCUCCUCUUUCAUCAAUAGAUUUGCUUUCCUCAAAUAAAUCUAUGCCUUAUCCAGCACAACGCGGUUCCUUGACAUCUCCCUCACCUAAGUCUUCCAUACCUGUUAAAGUUCCAAGUGUUGGAAGUGCCUCUUCAGCCUAUCGCAGUGGCCGUGAAAAUCCUCUGGCUCAAUCUGUUCCUAACUUUGCAGAUCUGAGGAAAGAAAAUACAAAACCUUCUACUGGUCGGGUAGGUUUGAGCUCAAACUUGGGUGGUACAUGUCGUGGGCAGCCCAAGCGUGGUAGCUGUAAAAGUUUAUGUUUUUUUUCAGUUCAAUCUCUUCGAAGCUCGAUUCCAGCUCCCUCAGCAAAUUUCAAAUUAAGAUAG